GCGCGUGCGCAGUGCAUGCAGUGCUCGGCGCGAGUCGCGCGCGCAGCUUCCCAGAAAGCGUUUUCCUGGUCACGGCGAGCGCAGAUUGCGCUGACGAAUCCCUACGUCACGUCGAUGACGCGGUGACGCGGUGUCGCGAAUCUUAGUAUAAAAACGUGCGUGUUGGCGCGCCGCGUCCCCUAGUGUUCGGUGGUACCGAGUGAGGAUAACCUGGCGCCCCGCAAUGAAUACAUGGACUCCGACGUGGACGAGUCGGGGGAAGACACCGUGCCCGCCGAUCCAGAGAAGUGGGAGCGUCCUGAUGUGUUGCGGUGCGUGCGCUGGGUGGCGCGCACGUUCGGCGUCUGCGCACCGCGCAAGCAUCUCCUGCCCGACACUGGCCGGGCGCUGCUGGCUCUCACCGAGGAUAACUGGGUGCAGGUAUGCGACGGCAGCGAGCAGUCGGCACGCAUCUACUAUGCGUACUUACGGCACGCGCACGCCGGCGCCACGGGCCAGCCGCCGCCGGAGCCGCUGCCGGAGCACCAGGCUACCACCAGCGCCGCACCUGUCGACUACACCAUAUUCCAGGGAAUCUACUUCAGUACCAUAUUCUAG